CAGACUUUUAUUUUGAAAGGGAAGGCGGAAUGCGUUUUCCUAAUCCUGUCUAUCAUGAGGAUGACGUUUCCUGCUCGGGUUAAUUGAUAAAUAUGGUUGAGUGGUGGUUAAAAUAAUAUGAAAUCACGAUAGACUUUCUCAACUUUGAAGCAAAUACGAGCUUUAAAGUGAUUCUAACAUAUCUGUAAAUGUUUCACUUCCGCUGCAGAAGACGAAAUGAAGACAUUACCGACAAGUGCUGCACGCAACACCCCGCUUUACGAUGAUGCUUAAAGAGUUCCGCCUCAGAGGAGAAACCUACCAAUCAGUGAUGGUAAUGGAUUAUGAUGGACGUCCCCAAAGCCAAUCAGAGCCAGACACCAAGUCAACCAUGGGCGGGCCAGAAUGGCUGGUCCCCUGCUUCACCUCAAGGAGCCCACUACAACCCCCUGCUCAGCUUUCAGCAUCUUAGCCUGGGUUCUCCUUCUGACCAGAGGACCUGCGUGGGUCACCAGCAGGCAUCCAGUCAGGGCUGCCAGAGUGACAACACCACCUAUCCAUACAACACCCAUCACAGUCCUCCAUGUGCUGGUGAUGCUGAGCAGAGCGGGAAACAAAUCAAUCCUGAUGCUCGUGUUUCAUUAAUGGUUUCAGCUUCAAGCCAUGAAAGAAUUUUACCUCCAUGUUCUCUCCCUCUUACGAAUGAAGGGACUCAGCCUCGACCGCCUUUUCAAAUGCAUUUUUAUUCCCCUUACAGCCCUUACCAAACAGCGUCUCCAGCUUUUCAGCCUCCAUACGUACACCAGGAAUCACUGAACGGACCUCAGUCACCUCACCUGAAACACCUGCCCAUCAGCUCUCCAUCAUUCGGGCAAUGUGUGGGCCAGAGUCCACAGUUUUCACCUCAGCCUUCAUUUAACAGGGAGGCCCCUGACACCCAUUAUCAUGCCUCACCCACACUUCAACAACACCCUGGAAGAACCUCUAAAGAGUUUGUUACUAAUACAGCUGUACAGGAUGGGAGCUUCUCGCCACAGUCUCCUAACUCUGAGUCUCGUUACGGCUUGGACCCAGAGCUCCUACCUAGUGCUGUAAAGGUGAUGGCAGAUGACCGGUUGGAGUGGGAGGGCAAGGUCUUCGUCUCCAAGCCUUUUUCCUGCGUUCCUCCUCUGGCAACUACUUCCUGUGCCAUAGAGGACAGGGGAAGCGCGAGUCCUUUAGCCAUCCGCUCCAUGUCGUACUCAGUGCCCUGUGAUGGGCAGACUGCCCUGCUCAGCCGGCUGCCUCUGGGAGCGCUGGUCACUCCUUUGACCGAACAAAAUGCUGGAGAAAAGCCACUGACAGUGAUAAAGGAGUCGGAGCGUGUUAUGAGUUGCGGUUGGUGCGGCGCCUCCAUGUGCCCAGCCAUGGGCUGGCAGGACUGUGGUCAGAGGUUUUACUGCCCUUUCUGUGGUAAACUGAGUGAAGUGCCAUGGCAACACUACCAGCCCACCAAAGGGGUGGAGGGGGUUCGGGUGGAUAAAGACAAGCGGCCUGAGCUGAGUAUGGGGUCUUAUGAGAUUCUCAGCCCUCAGAAGGGUGAACCUGCUGCUCUGCUCCUCGCCAUCGAUGUGUCUGCUUCAGCGCUAAGAGGAGGACAUUUAGAGUUUACAACACAACAAAUUCUCACUCUGCUCACCUCCCUGAGAAGGGAGGAUGGAGUUGACUUGACAGACAUCCGCGUAGGUUUGAUGACAUAUGACAGUAAGAUCCACCUGUAUGACCUCAGCCCCGCCCUGUCCCGCCCACACAUGCUGGUCAUCACAGAGACAGAAGAGCUGCAGCUUCCUGUGAGGGAGGGACUUCUGGUGACCCUGAAAGACUGUAUAGAUGGUAUCGACAGUGUUUUACAGCUUAUUCCUCAGUUUGGUCCAGAGAGUGAUGACUCUGAUGGAGUUCCUAUAGAGCUGCCUGUCAAAGCAGGGCUAGCUGUGCUGCAGGCUCUGAAUUGUCCUGGAAAGCUGUUGCUCUUCCAUACUGCCCCUCUAAUAGAGAUGGCACAUGCAAACUCAUCCUCAGGGUUUUUUGGCUCCAACAAACCGAAGUCCAUCUUUCAGCCGCCAGAGUCAGCUAUCUCAUUGGCCAAUCAGUGCGUGGGUCAGGGCUGCGGCGUUCACCUGUUCCUUCUCUCCCAGCAAGAUGUGGGCGGGGCUUGGCCGGGGCACAUUCCAUAUCUGACAGGAGGAGCUCUCUACACCUACAGCCACCUGGAGGGAGAAUUGGACAGGGAGCGUUUCAGCACUGAUCUGAAGAGGAUCGUAGAUACAAACACAGGCUACAAGGCUGAGCUCAGGAUUUUUGUCAGCAAAGAUCUGCGUGUAUCGGGCUGCUAUGGACUUUUUAUCCCUGGUCCAAGCCCGGACCAGGUCACCAUGGCAACUCUUGAUGGGUUUACAACGCUAGCUGUUGAGCUCGCACACAGCAGACCUGUGGAUGAGACGAGAGGAGUAUCCUUACAGGCUGUUUUGUCUUACAGCACUCAGACUGGAGAAAGGAGGACCAGGGUUCACACUCUGACCCUGCGAUGCUCACGCCACCUAGAGGACACUUUUCGGCAGUACCAGGCCCAAACACUGCUCACCUUUUACAGCAAAAAAAUUCAUUGUGCAGUGUUGGAGCGCCCUCUGCAGGAGCUGAGGGAGGAACUGCAGACAGAGGUAACACAAGCUUUGGCAUCGUACCGCAAACACUGCUGCUCGAUGUCAGUGUCUGCUGGACAGCUGGUCCUCCCUCAGUACCUGCGAGCUCUUCCUGUUUACAUCAACAGUCUGAGGAAGAGCGAGGUGCUGCUGCCGGGUCUGAGGAGCUCCGUCCACUCACGGCUGCAGCAACGUUGCCAGGUGUUAAACAUGGACACCCGCAGCACCUCCACACACUUCUACCCUCUGCUGCUGCCUCUGCCACUAUCAGGUGAUAACUCCACUUCUCCGAACCCAGAGAAGACUCUGCGUUGCUGUGCUGCAAGCCUGGAGCCCAGUGGGCUGUAUUUGGUUCAUGCUCCCCUCACCCUGCUGCUCUGGGUGGGCACCCAAGUCCCGUCGACCACCCUGGUUGAGCUCUUCAACACCAGUUGCUUUUCUUCGCUGCCCUCGGGAGAGACAAAGCUGCCUGUUCUAGACAACCCUCUUUCCAUCAAUAUUCGAUCCCUCAUCCACACACUGAACUCCCAGGCCCCCUGUGCCCGCAAGUUGUGGGUGGUGAAGCAGGGCGAUACCUGCGAGGAGGCUCUGCAGCGUCACCUGGUGGAAGACAAGAGUCCAAACGGAGGAGCGUCAUAUGCAGACUUUCUUUACCAUCUCCAUGUCAACUCUGUCCGGUUUCUGCAGUGACUUCUCACGCACACGCACACACACACACACACACACACACACAUACACACACAUUCUAUUUGCCUAAAAAACACAAA